ACCGCAAUCUAUGGUUGUGUUCUGCAACUGCGGCGAUAGUUUCUGAUUUUGAAAAUCAUUAUAAAUGUAAAUAGUGAAACUACAUAUCUCAGUGCAAUUGUGAAUCGUUGGUAAUCGUAAUUGUUUAUUUAUUAUGGAUUCCGAUGGUUUGCCGAUUGUGGGAUCUGGAGUGGAUUAUUCUAAGGUUGAUCCGCUUAACCAGAAACGGACUUUGACAUUCUUAAAUCAUUUCUUGAUUAGAACAACCUCCUUUCUUAAUCAUUUUUCAUCGGUUUGUGAUGAAAAACUGGAAAACUUGUUGAUUCGAAUACAACGACUAGAAGCUUCCAUGUGUAUACUUGAAGCAAAGCUAGCAUCUAUACCAGGAUUAGAUGAUGUUACUGCUAAUGUAGAAUCUACUGAGCCUGCCACAGCUAUUCAAAAUGAAACUGGUGCUUCUGAAUCUCCAACAACUAAGCCACAAUCUGAAACGGCUGCAUCAAACGUUGCUGCAUCUGUCGAAGCUCAGCCUAAAGAAGAACAAAAGCCAAAAAUGACUGUGUCUCAGGAUCCUCGAUUUGCGAAAUAUUUUAAAAUGAUUAAUAUGGGAGUUCCACCUGGUGCUGUUCAAUUAAAAAUGACUGCAGAAGGAGUUGACCCUUCAAUUUUAAAUAAUCCUGAUGCUGAAGCACCACCUGGAGCUCCAGUGUCAUAUCAUUCAGAAGAUGAAAGUGAGGAGUCAGCAGAAAGUGAUUUCAGUGAUUAAUAAACUACUCACUAAUUGUUAAUUUUUUCUCCCCCCCCCCUCAAUGUUUUUUUAUAUAUAUAUUUGUCUAUACUAAUUAAUCGUGAGAAUUCCGUUUUUAAAUUUUAUUGAUUCCUAAGAAUUAAUUUUACUUGCUUUGAUUCAGUUACAUUCCUUUAUUUGUUCAUGUUAGUUGAAUUGGAAUGGCAGUUGCUCAAAUUUUGUGUUCUAUUUAAGUGAUGAUGUGAAUAAAUCAGUAUGUUUUGCUCAUAAUAUUCCGUUCAAAGGCACAUUAUGCUUGCUUAUUUGCAUAUUUCUUUGUAUUUUCUCUGAUAAAAUAUUAGUUUUCAUUAAAUUGAUUAAAAACAAAUUCAGUUUAUAAAAUUUAAAAGUGUGGGAUUGUAAUUAUUGGUUAUUCAGUGAAUUAAAUGGAAAACAUGAAAACAAAGAGAUAAUUAUGAUUUUAUGUUUCAUUCUUUUUAUUAAUCUUGCAUUUACAUUUUAUUGAUUUUUUCCUCCUGUUAUGAAAAUUUUGUUUCUCUGGAUGAAUAAGAUGAUAAAUAUUUUGAAAAUUUUAUCUCAGAUUUAGUGAUAAAGCCCUCCCUUCUUUGUUUUCCAUGUAUAUGUCUGUUUUCUAAUGUGUGGGUUUUUUAUUAUUAUAUAUUCAUUUUGACUUUGUAUUUUGAUAUUUUUUGUGACAGUUGAAUUUCUUCUUAAAAUAUAGAUUAGGUAAAUUAGAAUCCGAAAAUCAAAUUUCAAAGUAUAUCCACCUGCCUUGAAAAAAAAAAAAACUGUCAGAAUAUAUGGAAAAAAAAAUUAUUACAUUUUAUGAACUAUGAGAUUUUAUUUCAAAUAAUGCACAAAAAUGUUUAUUCACUAAGUACAAUACUAUAAGUCAUCUAUACUGAUUCACAACAAAUUUCUUUUUUUAUUGCUAUUUAUCUUUUACUGGGCAGUUUUAAUUUUUGGAAUGAAUAUUUUUUUUAAAAAAGCUGGUGAGAAGAAAUAUAUUAAAAUGAUUUAAUAAACCUCAAGGUCAUAGAUUUUAUUAAACAAACUUCUGGAGAAUCUACUCUUGAUAUAGUGAUAUAUAUCAAAUUCAUUGUGAUUGAAAAUGUGAACAUGUCUCACAUGAAUACAUUUUCAAUUUGAAUUAUACACAUUAUUUUGAGCAACUACAAUUCUGUUGUAUGUAAUUUUUUCUCUUUUGUUUAACGGAUAAUUGUGAAAUUGUUUAUACCACUAAUUUAUGUAUAUAAUUUUUCUUCUUUUUAAGAGUUUCAAGAAAUUGUUUCUUGUUCAAAGAAAUUUAAACUUAUUUUCCUUUCAACAGUAAUUAUUUAAUUUUUAUCUGUAGUAUUCGUGAUAAAAGAAUUUUAUAUUGUUUGUUUUGUCUCUUUUUAAAAAGAAUGUACUUUGGUACUUCUGGAUAAAAAUAUUGGUGCCAAUAAAUCUGUAGUUUGUGUUUUUAAAAUGAAUAUUUUUUCCAUCAGAUUGUGUUUAUUUGUUUGGUGAUACUUUUUUGUCAUAUUCAUUAUGUAUUGCAUAUUUAUCCAUUUUGUUGCAGUUAUGUCAAUUUUAAUCUAAAAGCUUUUUAGCAGUGUUUGAUUAUAUUUGUUACAAUUUAAGGUAGCAUUGUUUUUACAUUUAAAAUGGGUUCUGUAUGUAGAUCUCAAUGUUAAAUUACUGUAGUGUUGAUUUGAUUAUUGAUGAAAUCUUUUAUUUGUAGAUUUUUUAUUUUACAUCAUAUUGUUUCCUUUUUAAGAAUUGCUGCAGUUAACUAAGCUCUUUUUAUAGUGUUGUUAAUAGAAAAGUUAGCUUUGAAAAUUUAUUUAAUGCUUCAAAAUAUGGGUAAGCAUUGUAAAAAUGUUAUAUAAGAUAUUGUACAGUUGGGAAAAAGACUUGUUAAAAGUGUGAUUGGAGAUGUAUGGAUGUUUAUUGUUAAAAGUGAGUUUAGAAAGAUGUUUUAUAAUCAAACUGUUGGAAAUUUUGACAUGUUAAGAGAUUUUGUACAGUUUUCUCUACAUUUUAUUUAUUUUUAGAUUUUUUUUAAAUACAAUAAUGUGAUGCUCUCUUUUAAUUCUAAUUGCUUAAAGAGCAAUAUUUGUAUUGUUUCCGUUCACUAAGAAAUUUACAAAUUAUAUUUAUUAAAUUAAGUGGAUGAAAAUUAUCUAUAGAUAUAAAAUCAAUUCAUUUUGAAAAAAAGCUGUAAAUAUUCUGUUUCUAACAUAUUUACAUAACAUAUUCUGUUAUGUCUUUUGCUUUAAAUUAACAGCUUUUUAUUUUCAAUUAAAAUUUUUAUUUCUGUCAGAAUUUGAAAUCUGCUUAUUAAGAAUAGUUGCAUCUACAAUUUUUAUAUCUUUUUGGUGAUGAGUAUUAUUGAAAAAUUUACUUAUAAUAAUUGUAAUUUACUGAACAAUUACAAAAUAUAAUACCGUGAAAUUAUUAAUAUUUCUGAAAAUAGUUUACAUGAUAUUACCUAAAGCAUUUUUUGUCUAGUUCUUGUAAGGGAAGAAAUUAAUUCUCUUAGUAAAUUCAUAAAAUUCAAGUACAUAAAAAGUUUUUGAAAUUGUUAUUCUCUUUUCAUGGAAAGUAAAAUAUGAUUUCUUUGACAAUUUUUAUUAUAUAUCAGCAUUUCAGUGAUAUUCUGCUAAAGAAUGGUGCAUACCGUUUUCCUGCAUAUUCAUAAAAUGUAUUGCAUACUUUUGAUUGAAAAUGUAUAAACAACAUUUGACAUUGUUGAUUGUUGUGAAUUUUAAAAUGUACAAUAUGUUAUUUCUGAGACAUUGCUCAAUAAGCUAACUGUAACUGCCAUGUCUGUAUGAAAAAAUAAUAAAUUUUCCUCAUACAUUACAAAACUAUUUAUUUUAAAAUCCUAUUUAAAAUGUUUUCGUAGUAUUUAUUCUUCUAUAAAAUGUUUAUAAAAUUAAUUUGAAAAGUAUCGGCCAGUCUUAUUAUUUUUACUUAGGAAAUUAGAAUAAUUUGGUAUUGACAUAUUUACAAAAGUAUUAACAAAAAUGUUGUUAAUUUUUCAGUUCACAUUGAAAGUGAAAUGACAAAGUAUAUUUAAAACUAAUAAGAAGAAUUAUAUUGAUUCCUACCUCCUCACCCCUUUUUUUAAAAAAAAAUUUGUGUCUUAUUGUAUCUGAAAAAGGCAAUAUUAGCUUUUGAGUUUUAAAAAUUGGAUCAUUGAAGCAAAUGCUGGCUUUUCUUUCUUUUUUUUAUUUAUAAAUAAUAAUUUAGAAUUGUUAGUAUUAGUACGAGUAUUUUUGCUGUGUUUAGUUACUAAAUGGAAAUUGCAACUCCAGAUGCAAACAUUUAUAUUACUAUAUAAAAUUACUAUGGGGGAACUAUAUAAAAGAACAAUUGCAUACGUUAUCCAACGAUGUAAUAAAUUACAAUUUAUGAAAGUUAAUGAAACUUGGAGUUUAUUUAUAAGAAAGGUAGUUGGGUGUAUUUCAAUGUAAUUCUAUCAUUCAGGAAUCAGUCAAAAAUGAUCUAAAAUUUCAGUUAAUAUGUUUGAAAUUUCAAUUAAAAUAUUUAGAGUUUAUAUUAAUUAAAAAUUGAACUAGUUUUGAAUAACAUGAAAAAAAGGUGUUUAACAAAUAGCAUUUCAUGUGAAAAUUUAGAUCACCAUUAGCUUCUAUUUCUAUCAAAAUAUCUAAGAAAAUAUUCAGAAUCAAAUUCUGUUUUCUAUAUAUCUUCCCUCUUUAGAUAUUUAAAAUGUCCAUUUUCAAUUAUGCUAUUGUUAAACUUCCCAAGAUUGUCAUUCUAGUACUUGUAAGCAUAAGUAUUGUGAAUUUAAUUUUUUAUUAAACUAUUAUGUGAAUUACAAGAAUGCCUGUUGUUUGUUUAGAAUUUUCUAUCAGUUAUGUAUUUCAUUAUGCUAUAACUGCAUAAGAAUAAACUUAUUUACAUCAGUUGUAUUCAUAAUUAUGUCCUGUUGUACUUAUUAUGGAAUUUCCGUGCCAACAUUUAUUCCUUUUAGUAU